AUGCAAUUAUUCUUUGGUAGAAAUCUUGUACCCGAGAACGGCCUCCUCUCCACAAGCAGCAACGACUUGAAGCUGAAAUUACAAAUGUAUGAAUUUUAUAUCGUUAAAAUAUCAUACCAAGACACUUCCGUCGUCCUUGUCGAGAGCCUCGCGAAUAGAGUUACCCAAAUCUCCCUCUGGCAUCUUGAGAUCGUCUUUGAGAUCGCAGGAUUCGGGGUCCAUGAGAGAACAGAAUCCGUCUUCCUCGAUGGACAUAAGCUGGAAACAUACAAUUUAGUCCCACCAGCAAAACUGUAA